UGUUGUGAUGUGACGUAACUCAUGGACCGCAAUCGAUUUUCUGCUAGGGCCCUAUUUACGUCAUGAUAAUCAGCAAAAUUAUAAGUACUGUGAGUAGAGAAUUCAGUUUGCCUUCUCACAUCUGAGCUUCUUGACGUUUAAGGGUCCUUGGCAUGGAGGCCGGGGAAGGGUCCCUGCCCAUCGACGAUGGAGGUGGCAACCCGUCGAGUUUCCUAAACCUGAGUGGGAGCGAGGCGUACCCCAAACGGGCAUUGGUGUCGGACGACCCGUCUCUGGUUGUGCCAUUCCCGUGCCUGCCUGGCGAAGCGGUGGAGUUCCUGGGCCGCUCGACGCAAGGCGUUGUGGCUCUCUCGUCGUACCGCUUCUUUUUGGCAGGUCCCGAUCAGCAGCUGAACCUUCCCCUCGGACUACUAGAGGCAGUCGAGUGUCGUGACAUCUUUUACCUCCACCUAAUCUGCAAGGAUGCCCGCUCUUUCAGGUGUUCGUUCGCCACAAAUGAAGACUGUCAGAAGUGGCACAAGCGCCUCACCAAUGCAAUCCAGUUGCCGAAUCGGCUGGACGACCUGUUUGCCUUCCGUUUCUACCUCUACUGCCGUGAAGAACGUUUCGACGACCUUUUUUCCUUUCUAAAGAGUGAUAGGCCAAGUUUAGACAAAGACACUUCCCUCUUGCACCAAGAAUGCAAACGUAUGGGCUUUGACACAGACCUCGGGGGCACAUGGAAGAUCACUAGCAUCAAUGAAAAAUUCAAAUUUUGCAGCAGCUACCCGCGCUACUUAAUCGUGCCCGCUUCAGUACCGGAUCAGGAUCUUGAGACAGUGGCCAGUUUUCGGUACUCUCGGAGGAUUCCCACAGUUGUUUGGAGGCACCACUUGUAUGGCACAGUGAUAGCACGCUCGGCACAGCCGGAGGUUGGCUGGCUGGGCUGGCGGAGCCCUCAGGAUGAGACCCUGAUCCAGGCCAUAGCAGAUGCCUGUAGCAUCGACCCAGGCCCCGCCAUCUGUAACGGACUUGACAGCCUGCCCGACGACCAGAGGCUUGACUCUGAUGCAUCCGACUUGUCUCUACUGAACGGUGGUCUGACUGCCAGCAUGCACUUCGAGCCACGGCCGGCACCACAGCGCAAGAUGCUCAUCCUCGAUGCUCGUUCCUACACUGCUGCUGUGGCCAACCGAGCCAAGGGCGGUGGCUGUGAGUGCCCCGAAUACUACCCCAACUGCGAGGUGCAGUUCAUGAGCUUGGCCAACAUCCACACAAUCCGCAAGAGUUUUCAUGCAGUGCGUGCCCUCUGCUCCUCUACAGCUGAUCAGUCUUGCUGGAUGUCGACCUUGGAGUCCAGCAAGUGGCUGCACCACCUGUCAGGUUUGCUGAAGGCUUCGCUCGUUGUCGCCAACGCCGUCGACCUGGAACGGCGACCGGUGCUGGUGCACUGCUCGGAUGGUUGGGAUCGCACGCCUCAGAUUGUUGCCUUGGCCGAACUUAUUUUGGACCCCUACUACCGCACUACUGAUGGCUUCCAAGUGCUGGUGGAAAAGGAGUGGCUGGAGUUUGGGCACAAGUUUGGAGAUCGUUGCGGCAACAGUGCCACGGCCGACGACCUGGGCGAGCGCUGCCCGGUAUUCCUUCAGUGGCUUGACUGUGUGCAUCAGCUGCUGGCACAAUUUCCGUGUGGCUUCCAGUUCAACCAGCAGUAUUUGGUCAGGCUGGCACAGCACACUUACUCAAGCCUGUUUGGAGAUUUCCUGGGAAACAGCACCAUGGAACGGCAGCAAGAGGCAGUAGCCACAAGAACCUUCUCGGUUUGGACCUUCCUGAAGGCCAGGCCAGAACAGUAUUUCAACCAUCUCUACAGCCACACAGACCAGGUCCUGAGGCCUCGGUGCCAGGUGCGAGAUCUGCACUUCUGGAGCGAGGUGUAUCUGCAGCCAUCUACAGGACUGUUGUCACAAGGUCCGCCUUCCACACCUCCAUCGGAGGCCCCGGAACCAGCAGAGGAGACACCGCCCGAACCAGCCGGCAGCGGCGACACGUCGUCAAACCUCGUCAAGACCAAGUCCGUGGAUUCUCUGUUUGCAGGCAGCCAGUCUGAGCAGUCGCCACCGCCCGAAAAGCACCAGCGGCGGCUGAGUGACCCGAGCCUAAAGGGUCUGCAGUCGGAACUGCACAGCGGGCACGACGAGAUGGCCACCCCAUUGGCUCAUCGGCGCAGCCUGAGCAACGGAGCCCUGAAUGGCAGCCACGAGGAGGUGCGAGCGGAUGCCAAAAGCUCGCCAGUUGCAGCAGAUCCAGCCCAACAAAGUGCACAACAGACUGAGCCACAGCAGCAGCAACACGCGGUGUCCUCUAUCGAGGAUUCAACCGACACACUUGUCAGUGAAGUUGGUGAAACGUGCCCCUCAGCCAUGGCAGAGGCUGUGGAAGCGCAAGUUGAAAAGGACAGUGAAAAAGAAGCCCCUGUCACCGCAGAGGUGAUGAUGUCGUCCGCUCUGUCGCGGCAGACGCACCUCCUCAGCAACACGGCCAGCACAAGUACGACGGACAUUAGCAGUUCGGCCGUGUACGUGUUCCCCGAGGUUGCCGGGGAAGACCUGCCAUCCAACAAGUGCCCAUACUGGCUGUCGCAUAAGAACGGUGAGACCAUGCUGGCUGCGGCCCGCAGCUCUCUGGCACGUGCAGCAGCCAUCAAUGGCCGGGGUUCCCAUUACUCUACGCCCCUGCACUCUAGAACUCCCAGUUCCGGCUAUCCAGCUACUCCCUGUGAUGACAGGCUCCUGCUGGAUCCUGUGGCAUCCAGAACAACUGCGGCCCCCUUGCAGCAGCAGCAGCAGUUUGAUGUGGACGGAUUGGCAUGCCCUGUCGACGCUGUGCAACAAAGGUUGCACCAAAUGAUUCUAGAAAAUGAGGCAAAAAUAGAAAGUCUAGAAAACGAACUUCGCAGGGUCAGGCACGCACUAGAGCGCUCUCUUCACGUCAACGGCAAAGAGGCAUUGGAGUCUCUAGAGGACGCUCCGCUUGGGUUGGACUGCAGCGGGGAUCCUCCGUGGGGCGGGUGCCAGGACGGUAGCAGCUCGUCGGAGUUGAGCUGGGAGCAGGUGGACGAACGCGAUGCCCGCGCCACACUCUGGGUGCCGGACCACGCGGCCUCACACUGCAGGGGCUGCAAUGCCGAGUUUUGGAUUGGGCGGCGCAGGCACCACUGCAGGAACUGCGGCCACGUGUUUUGCAACCCCUGCGCGAGCCAGCUGCACCCUGUUCCUCACGAGCAGCUGUACCAGCCGGUUCGCGUGUGUGGCACGUGUUUCGAGGCACUGCGCAGCCGCCCCUGCCGCCCGUCCGCUCUGGUCCCCGCAAACUCCCACAACGAGCGGCUGCUGGCCAAGGCACAGCUCGCCGCGGCUUCCACAUAAGACAGGACGACGAGAGCGUGUGCACACCCGCACGUAUCGUGCGAGCCGGCUCUUGGCGCAUGGAUGGCGUUUCACAUCUGCCUGCCCUCACCAUCCCACCCCGCGUUUCACCAUUCUCAUUCGCCCGCGACGCAAGAUGCGAGACGCUUGGGAAUACAAGCGCAGGAAGAGGGAGGCGCACCAGCGUGUCUAGUUUUUCCGUGAUGGGAGUGGAAACGAAG